CUGAACCAUGGAGCUUCGAGUGGGGAACAAAUAUCGGCUGGGCAGAAAGAUUGGCAGCGGUUCGUUUGGAGACAUUUACCUAGGAGCCAAUAUUGCGACUGGUGAAGAGGUGGCCAUCAAACUGGAAUGUGUCAAAACCAAGCAUCCCCAGCUCCACAUUGAAAGCAAGUUCUACAAGAUGAUGCAGGGAGGAGUGGGUAUCCCCUCCAUUAAGUGGUGUGGAGCAGAGGGGGACUAUAAUGUGAUGGUGAUGGAGCUCUUGGGGCCCAGCCUGGAAGAUCUCUUCAACUUCUGUUCCCGCAAAUUUAGUCUCAAGACAGUUCUGCUCCUGGCAGACCAGAUGAUCAGUCGUAUUGAGUACAUUCAUUCCAAGAACUUCAUCCACCGGGAUGUGAAGCCAGACAACUUCCUUAUGGGCCUCGGCAAAAAAGGCAACCUAGUAUACAUCAUUGAUUUUGGUUUGGCCAAGAAGUACCGAGACGCCCGGACCCACCAGCACAUCCCUUACCGGGAAAACAAGAAUCUGACUGGCACAGCCCGUUAUGCCUCCAUCAACACCCACCUGGGAAUCGAACAAAGCCGCCGUGAUGACCUGGAGAGCCUGGGCUACGUGCUCAUGUAUUUCAACCUGGGCUCGCUGCCCUGGCAGGGCCUCAAGGCUGCCACCAAGCGCCAAAAGUACGAGAGGAUCAGCGAGAAGAAGAUGUCAACACCCAUUGAGGUGCUCUGCAAAGGGUACCCUUCCGAGUUCUCAACAUACCUCAACUUCUGCCGCUCACUGAGGUUUGAUGACAAACCUGACUACUCGUACCUGCGGCAGCUCUUCCGCAACCUCUUCCACCGCCAAGGCUUCUCCUACGACUAUGUCUUCGACUGGAACAUGCUUAAAUUUGGAGCAGCCCGGAACCCUGAGGAUAUGGAUCGGGAGCGGCGAGAGCACGAACGAGAAGAAAGGAUGGGGCAACUCCGGGGGUCAGCCACACGAGCGCUGCCCCCUGGCCCACCUGCUGGAGCCACUGCCAACCGUCUUCGCAAUGUCACCGAGCCCAUGGCCUCCACCCCCACCUCCCGAAUCCAACAGUCUGGAAACACGUCCCCCAGAGCAAUCUCAAGAGUGGACAGGGAGCGGAAGGUCAGCAUGAGGUUACACCGAGGAGCUCCUGCCAACGUCUCCUCAUCUGACCUCACAGGGCGGCAAGAAGUGUCACGGAUUUCAGCAUCACAGACAAGUGUGCCAUUUGAUCACCUUGGGAAGUGAGGAGCAAUUGCCACUGGACCAGUGUUUGCUUAG